UCUGCUAUACUCUCGGAGAAAAAGAUGUCAUUUACUCAAUUUUACGAAUACGUAAAAAAAAAAGAAGAGGAAAACAUCAAUAACAACCAAGCUAAUAAUUCAUUGCUUGAGGAGGACGAUGAGAUGAGGGUAUUAGGCGACAUCCCGAACUCGUUUCGUCAGCUAACAGAUGAUCAUUUUCCAUUGUUCAUAACUUAUGAGAAGUUCUCUCAAAUGCUCGAAGGAACUUAUGAAAUUGAUGUUAAUAAGUUAUGGAAGACAAAACAAGAAUUCAAUACAAAAAAUAUCUAUGAAGAUGAAGAAUACAAUCCUAAGUCCUCCUUUGUUGAUACAUCUGAAAAGUCGUGGGCUCACUUUAUAACCUUUGAACUUUUCGUGAAAAAGUAUUGGAACAAUUUCGGUUAUUAUUAUAGAAAUAAAUUAGAUCCUGCUCUGGUUUAUGCAGAAUUUUCUAUAAUUAAAGGAUCAAAUCCUGAAGUUGAAUGUUUAUCAAGGGAGGAAUACUUGGCCGUUACUACUAAAAAGUAUCCCAUAUUUUAUAACCGUGAAGAAAUCUAUAACCUGUUUGAACGAUAUGAAAACAUGAAGAAACUUAAUUCUGACUAUGAUUCAAUAGACCGAACACGAGCUGUCUUGCGUUGUGCUAAAAGGGAGGUACUUGGUGGCCUACGAAUCCAUGAAGUAUAUAUUGAUGAAUGUCAAGAUAAUCAAAUUGUUGACUUUUCGCUUAUUUUGAGGCUUUUUGACCGAGCAAACAUUUUCUUGGCCGGAGAUACCGCGCAAUGCAUUGCUCGAGGCUCCUCCUUUCGCUUCCAAAGCGUAUUUUCCUUAUUGUAUCAAUGGGAACUCUUUCGGUCCCAAAUUAACCCAAAUUGGAAUAGUUCUUUAAAAGCAGAACGAUUCGCACUAAAUGUCAACUAUCGUUCUCACAAUGGAAUUCUUGGGCUUGCUGCAUCUGUUAUUGACCUUAUUCAAUACUUUUUCCCUAAUUCUAUCGACAAAUUGCCACGAGAACGUGGUGAAGUCGGUGGUCCACGGCCCAUAAUUUUUAAGGGAUAUCAAGAUGCAGCUUCUGUUUUUAAUUAUUUCACCGUUGACGGACAAUCAGGUGAUACUAUUGAAUUCGGUGCAAAUCAAGUCAUUAUCGUACGUGAUGAGAAGGCCAAGAAACGAUUAGAGAAAUCUAUUGGAAAAGUUGGCCUAAUUUUAACAAUUUUUGAGGCAAAAGGCAUGGAGUUUAAUGAUGUUCUUUUAUAUGAUUUUUUUACGGAUUCGCCAGCAGGUCAAAAGUGGCGGCUAAUUCUUUCCGCAAUAGAAGGGUAUUCUGGAGGCAUGCAAGAUUUAUCGUACGAAAGACAUUAUAUUCUUUCUUCAGAGCUAAAACAUCUCUAUGUGGCAGUAACCAGAGCCCGAGAGCACAUUUGGAUAUUCGAUAGAGACUCUAGUUUAGGCGAGCCAGUCUGGAAAUACUGGGAUCACCACGGAUUGAUAAGAACAAAACAUGAUAGAGAUGGGACAUCUUUACCUAAUUUGACUAAGAAAAGUAAUUUACAUGAAUGGAAUGAAAUGGGGAGGCACUUUUUUGAGCGGCGUCAGUAUAGACAGGCUAUUUUCUGCUUCGAAAAAUGUAAUAAUAUGGAAAGGCUCAAACUUGCGGGUGCAUACCUCCUUAGACAGGUUGCUAGGGACUCUAUACACGAUUCUGAUAAUGAUACUAUAAGGUCGAAUUUUAUCAAAGCAGCAAAGAGUUUCAAAGAAUGUUCUCGACCAAUUCAAGCGGCUUUAUGCUAUCAGGAUAUUGGAAUGUACAAAGAGGCAG